AUGUUCAAAUUUGGCAAAUUCAAGAAGCUCGUUGAAGACUUCAGAUUUGCAGCAGAUUUCCUUAUAAUCUACAUUGAAGAAGCUCAUGCCUCAGGUAAAGUAAGAUUACUAUGGGUAAUUUCUACACACAUUCACACAUCCCUCUCUAUCCUCUAUCCAGUCAAGCAAAAACACUCAAGGAGGGUACAAAUCAGGGCUGUUGAGGAGCAUGGCUGAGGAGGGCAUAUCACUUGGGGAUAGUUUUAAGGGUAAGAUAGAGAGGCCUGCAAGGCCACAUUUGCCCUCACCCCUGGGCCUCAGGUGCCCCAUUACUGUCAUAGCAUAUAGACAGUAACUAAACUACUAUAGCAUAUUUUAAAUUCAGGAACAGGGAACAAGUGAUCCUCCAGAUGUUGUUGGAUUCCUACUCCCAUCAGCCAUAGCCAGCCAUGGACAAUGGUCAGGGAUGAUGGGAGCUGUAGUCCAACAAUAUUUGGAAGGUCACAGAUUUCCUGUAUGUGUUUUAAUUGUUAAUUUCUUAAAAGGGAUUAGAAGAUGCAAGAAAGUGCUUGUAUGCCUCUAAAUAUGUUAACCUUUUGGUCUCAGUAUUGAAAAUCAAAACAAAUGCUUCAAAACUAGGGUGCUUGGUUAGCCACAUCAAUUUUAAAAAUGAGGACUUAAAUACUUUGGGUGGUAUUCAACUAAGUUUCACUGAGAAUGCACCCACUGAAGUUAAUAAACAUGGCAAAGUUAGGUUCAAUAAUUUUAAUAGAUCUACUCUGAAUAAAACUUAAGUUGAAUACCACCUUUUGCCAAGUUUGCCUCAUUUAUAAAUCAGUAAAAACUGGAUUAAAAUAUAAAUUUUAUUAUCCAACUUAAUACUCCGACAUACAAUUCUACAAUUCUGAAGGUUAUUAAUAAAUGUUGCUAUGACUAGAUGCUAUAUGAUUAGCCUAAUCAUGCUGUUUGCUUUAGAUGGAUGGGCUUUUAAGAACAAUAUUGCCAUUAAAAGUCAUCAAACCCUCCAAGAUCGUAUCCAGGCUGCACAGGUCCUACUGAAAGAGAAUCCCUCAUGUCCAGUGGUUGUAGACACAAUGGAGAACCUAAGCAGUUCCAAGUAUGCAGCUCUACCAGAAAGGCUUUAUGUCCUUCAAAAAGGAAAUAUUAUCUACAAGGUAAUAAAAAUGUUAUUAGUUUGGUAGGACCCUUGCGUUCAGCACAGCAUGUGUCACAACAUGAUAGUUGGUCUGCGUAGCCUGAGUGCCUUAGAUCAUAUUAUUAAGAAAAGGUACGGAAUAAUUCCUACCCUGGUGUGAGUCAACCAAGAACCUUCUCAUGAAAGUGGAGACUACAUCCAUUUCAUUGUCUUCUUUUAGAGUUAACUUGGAAUCCGCCUUGACUUAGCAGGCCUCCUGAAUUUACCUACCUGUUUCUAAAUGUCAUUAACUUUACCAAGAUUCGAUCCUAUGAGAACUGCAACUUGAAUCUCCUUAAAGAGAAAGAGAUACAGUAGUCUACUGCAGGGGUAACCUGCGUAGUGCCUUCAAGAAAAGACUCCAGAAGUUUUACUCCAGCAGUUUUAGUCCAACAAAAUCUGGAGGGCACCCAGAUACGCUGGCAACUACAUUGUGUUUCUCUCUCGUGCUUGUAUAGUUGCAAAAUAUGCAUUACAUAUAAAUAUGUGCAAGGAAAUGUGUGAAGGAAAUCAGGUUUGGAGGGUUGCCAUUCUGAGCUGAGCAGACUAGAGAUAAAGAGGUGUUUAACCCUCUUCCAUCUUAAGGUUUCCAAACCUAGUUCCUUUCCCCCUUGCCCUGUGGGAUUCCAUGUACUUGUCGAACAAGCACCUGGGACCUUGUGGGAGAAAAAGCAGUUUGGGAGUGACUUGAACCUGAAGGAAAUGCUGCAGGAGCGCGAUGUGUUUGUUUAUCUGUUCAGAACAACAGCCGUCCAAAUCUGCUUUUUUUAACAAAAAAACACAGCAUGCAUUUAUUUAGUUCCUUGAAUUUAUUUCUCACCCUUUCUCCCAGUGUAAUCACUUGUGUAAUUUUGCCUCUCAUCUCACAUGAGAUGGAAAACAAUAACUUAGUUGGGAGAUACAGUAUUUGUAUAAUUGCAAACCAUUUUGAAUUCUAUUUUUGACAUCUAAUUGUUAAAUAAUUAGCUGGUGCCAAAUAUUGUCUCACUAAAUACUUUUCAUGAAGAUGAGGAAUAUCUGUAAUUAAUUGCAUCACUUUUGUACAACCUGCAUCCUCCUCCCUAGAAAUUGCUCAUAAUGGUAUUUCUUUUACAGGGUGGAGUGGGACCCUGGAAUUAUCACCCAGAAGAAGUACGUGAAGUCUUGGAAAAACUGCUUUAG